AUGUUCUUCAUCAAAGAACUGUCGCACACGAUCCUGCUGCAUCCAUCUUACUUUGGCCCCCGCAUGCUCCAGUUCCUCGAAUCCAAGCUCUACGCUGACGUCGAGGGCACCUGCUCUGGCCAGUUCGGCUACAUCAUCGCCGUCGUCUCCAUCCUCGACAUCGGAAAGGGCAUGGUCCUUAGCGGCAGCGGACAAGCCGAGUUCAUCACCCGCUACCGCGCCAUCGUCUUCAAGCCCUUCAAGGGCGAGGUCGUCGACGGCGUCGUCAACAACGUGAACAAGAUGGGCUUUUUUGCAGACGUGGGGCCGCUAGUCGUGUUCGUGUCACAUCAGCUUAUCCACCCCGAGAUGAAGUUUCAGCCCAAUUCGAAUCCACCCUCAUUCGCCUCGCAGGACCAGAUCAUCGAGAAAAACACACGAGUGCGGCUCAAGAUUGUCGGCACACGCGUCGACGCCACCGAAAUUUUCGCCAUCGGCACGAUAAAAGAGGACCACCUCGGCGUCAUCGACUAG